UUGUGAAAAUUGGAAUUAAGGAAAUGGCAGUCAGGUUAAUGUAAGAGCGUUCUGCGGAAUAAACCGAAAGUAACACGUAUUUUUAUAUAAUAAAGUGACCCGGUUAGGAAGCAAGGCACAUGACCAGCACAGCUGAUGAAAGAGGAGGUUCACGUACAAAGUUCAGGCAGCCAAAGGUCCUGACGAACGGCCGCAGCAAGAAGCGGCCCUUACCCACGCUCCCACACCACAGCAGUGCUCCAGCCGGCAUCUUGGCGUGUUGAAACAAGGGACAGCGCAAAGAAUUCCCCAGCACAAAACACAACACUUCCGCAAGCCGCAGCACAUGUGCAGAUGAAUGUUAGAGAACCAAGAAGAAUCACUGAGGGCAUGAAUGAAGGGACAGAGGAGCUGGCUCUUCCUGGUCAAGGGGAAGGCACAGGUGGGGCCAGCCAGACCGCCUCCAUGGACCAGGGCGCUUGGGACCCAGUGGUGGCCCUCAGGGACCAGCUUGCAUUGCUGGGGAGAAGCAACCAGUGUAACAGCAGUGCCAUGGAAGAAGAUGUUGUGAAGAUACUGUCACUCUUCAUACAGGUUUCUCAGAGCGGCGGUGCUGGGGCCCAACUGGACCUUCGUGUCCUAGCUCAUCGAACGGCACAGAUUGUGGCAUCCAGUAUUCAACAGAAAGUGUUGGAAAAACCCGCAGAGGAAGCCCGCUGUGAGGUGGAGUUCUUCUUUGAGAGAAAAGCAGAAGUGAAAAACAACAGGGGAUGGCUGUUAUUGCAGUCAUUAUCGCUGCUGGCUACUCAAAGCUCAGAAGUUGUGGUCACCAUGAUUGGGACUGGACUGCCAUCUGCUUUAGUCAAGUGCCUGUAUCUGUUUGUGGCCUUUCCUCCUGUGAAGGACACAGCUCUAGACGAGGUCGCUCAGCCUUCCUUCCAGGACCUCUUCACUCAGGUGAUUCUGCAGCUGUGCGACCAUUCAUGUUGCGUGGAGGUGCUGGUUGAAACUCAGGAGCUGCAGUGCCUGAUCAUCGCACUCACCUCCUUGUGGGAUCAGUGCAGCUCCUCCUGGAGGCGGCAGGCUUCGCGUGUGCUCAAGGCCGUAUCCUCUGCCCAGACCAGCAACACUGUUUCAGCUCUCAAAGCCAAGGACUGCAUAAAGAUCAGCAUCCAAAACUUGCUGAAGAUCCCGGAACAGAUUCCUGGGCCAGUGCUGGCUGAGGUAGCUGUAGGUGUUUUCAGCUUUGUGAAGGACUCCUACCCUCAUGAUCCAGCACUCUUCGAAGAAUUUGAAAGCAAUGAAGGCUACGCUGUCCUGAAGACCAUCAUGUCUCGCUGUGAGGAGGGUGUGACAGCAGAGAAUGUCCAGGCUGUGAAAGAUUUCCUGCGGCUCCUAGCGACAUUCACCCUCUAUGGUCGGGCAGAGCUCAAGGUGGCCGUUUGUGUUAGCAAUCCCCAGCCACCUGGCUUCAAGUUCGACCCGUUCCUUACCAAAGGCUCCUCGGUGAAGAAUCUCACAGCUUUUCGGAUCAUCCAGUCUUCCUUCUUCAACUCAGAGAACGUCCACACCUGUUCCCAAAUCCUCCAUACCAUCCGCCACAUCUGGCUCUGGGACAAGGCCAACUUCUUCCUACUGGAGUGGACACUGCAGUCUCUGGCACAACUGGCAGGCUGCGUGAGUCGCAAGCCGCCACCUGUGCAUCUCCUGUUCUUUGAGCUAGUGGAACUCGUGGUGCUGCAUCUGUCCUACAUCCCACAUGAAACCCUGAGAGAGGUGCAGCGGACUGUGGAACAGGGGGCCUCGCUGCCAUUCAGUGUGGCUGCACUGGAUUCCUUUCACAGGCUCAUCCUGCAGACAGACCUGAUCUGCGAUGUGCUGCGGGAUUCCGGCAUGCUGCAGUUACUGCUGGUACAUCUCAAGAAGCAAGCAAAGGUGCUCCGGAAGGCUGGAGUGACUGGAAAAACAGCUGAGUUGAGUGACAUCAGUCUAGAGAAACAUCUGACCUGCAAUAUGUUGAAAGUCGUAGCGGUGAUGGCUUUGAAAUCAGUCAGGAACACUGUGUCUAUUAAGGACUUCGGGAUGAUCCCCUACGUCAAGAUCUUCAUAGAUGACGAGCAGCUACGUGGCCCUGCGCUCAGCAUCCUGGAGCAACUGUCACAGAUGAACCCUGAGGAGUACAUGAGCUCCACCAUUGGAGCCCUGUGCUCCUCUACGGAGGCAGAGCUAGCUCUCAAACGGGACCUGCUCCAGUCUAUUGUGAAGGUUGUCGAGGAACCAAACUGCUGGAAUGCCUUCCGAACAGUUGGAGGCUUCACUGGUCUGAUCUCUGUCUUGGUGGACAUGGAGGGAGCGCUGUUGGAGCCACCAAUGGGCCUGUGGGCCUCCCUUCCCCAUCCCCAUGUCAUGGAGGUGCUGUUUCUCACGCUGCACACCUUGGCCGUUGCUGUGCAAGUGCACUCUGUAAAUAGCCAUCUCUUCCAUGCUGCUGGCCACUACGAGCGGUUGGCUGAAGCCCUGCUGAACCUUGGCUGCUUCCAAAAGCCACCUCUGGGACACUCCCCGGUGACAGCUGACCAUGGCUACUGCCGGACCUUCCUUCAGCUCCUCGAGGUUUUGGAGACCCCAGGAGCUGCUAUGCCACAGUCUCUGCAGGAAUGUAUCAGGCUACUUGCCUACCUGGAGCAGUUUGCCUUAGGGGUCCACCAGGGAAGUGAACUGACUGCUGAUUGUGAUGGACCAGAGGAUCCCAUUGCACAGACAGUGGAAGAAGAAGAUGAGCCAAGAAGAAACCGCAAGGCUGCUUGUAGCGUGUCCUCAGCCACAAGUGACUGUGGGAACAGGUUUGAUCAGACAAUACUUUAUCCUGGGGCUGUUCAAGUUAUAAUGACUCUUCUUCCAAAUAUAUUUUCUUCUGAAGACCCACAGCUGUCCAUGGAACUGCAGUUAUCUGUAGCUCACCACAUCCAGUCACUGGUAAAGUCUGAAAGGAACCGACAAAUCAUGUGUGAGGCGGGCCUGCUUCGAACGUUGCUAAUACACUGCCAAGAUAUCCUGGACUCUGAAGAGAAUCCACUCCACCUUCCUGUGGUGCGCAUCUUUGAGAAGCUUGCCUCUCAAGCCAUCGACCCUGCCGGCCUUAGGCAGUUUCUGUGUCUAGGACACCCCUUGAUGUGUGAGUCUGAAAAAUCCCCAUCCUGCCCACAAGCAGGAGAACCUGCUGUUCCGAAUGACCAUGGCAGCAAUGUGUCAGAAGGCAGCAAAACUGAUGAUUCAAGAGCUUCAAGUAGAAAACUUAAACACAGCUACAGCAUACUGACGAUGUCCACCAAGUUGACUAUCCCUCACCAUCGAACCGUCAGCCUUGUCUCCAUGACAUCCCCUCGCAGUUUCCAGCCACACAGUGUUUCCGCAACCCCCUCGUUUGUGGAGUUUAACAUGAGCAGCUGUGGAUAUGGAUGUCUGUUUCUACCAUCCCUGGCCACGGUCAAGGGCGUUAGCGCUGACGCCACGGAAACUGGAGGCAUUGGCAGUGACUGUCGAGGUUUUCCUCCUGCUGCAGGCCUUUCAUUCUCUACCUGGUUCCUGAUCAGUCACUUUAGCUCUGCCCGUGACGCCCACCCCGUACGCCUGCUGACAGUUUUGCGCCACAUGUCUAGAGCUGAGCUGCAGUACACCUGCCUGGCAGUCACUGUGACCUUCCCUGACCGCUGCCUGCUCAUUUCCAUGGAAGAGGAACCCUUCCAGUUCCUUGACAUGAUGGAGCCAGAGGUUCAACCACAGAGUUCUUUGCCAUCUGCAGCUCGCUUCAAGUGCUCCAGACAGCUGCUUCCGGCUCAGUGGCACCACCUGGUGGUGACCAUUGCCAAAGAUGUCAAGAAAAGUUGCAUAGUGACAGCGUACUUGAAUGGGACAGUAAUUGGAGUAUCAAAGAUGAAGUACAUCCAGCCUUUUCCUGGGCCAUGCAUCUCAAUGGAUCCCACUGCUGUCAUUGAUGUGUGUGGAAUCAUAGGCACUCCAUCUCUGUGGAAACAGCUGUCCCCCUUGUGCUGGCGGGCUGGCCCUGCCUAUCUGUUUGAGGAAGUGCUCACACCAGAGUCCAUUGAGAUCAUAUACAAACAGGGUACAAAGUACCUGGGAAACUUCCAGUCCCUUUGUACCUCAGAGAACAGCACCAGCAAUGAUCUGUCCCCAGUCAAGCUCAUUGCAGAGGAGAGGAUUUCCUUUGGCAUUAACCCAGCAGUGUCCUCAGUUACCACAGUUGCUGAAAUCCGAGAUCUUUAUAAUGAGGUUGACUGCCGCCUCAUUGCCAAAGAGGUGGGCAUACCAUCACGUGACAACUAUACUCCUAUCUUCUUCACCAAGAACAUAGCACAGCAUCUCAGUGGGACCUCUCGCACGAUAGGAGCAUCUCUAGUUGGGCAUUCUGGAGUCAGAACAUUUACUUCCAACAGUGCAGCUGACAGCUUCCUGUAUAUCGGUGGACCAGCUGUGGUCCUCAGUCUGGUUGCCAUGGCAUCAGAUGACAGCUCCAUGUACACUGCUGUCAAAGUUAUGUUGUCCGUACUGAGCACCAGUCCCUACAUGGAACGGGAGAUGAACCGCAUAAAAGGCUACAAGCUGUUGGCCUUUCUGCUGAAGAAAAAGGCCUGUCUGAUUAGCAGCAGGACUUUUCAGCUGCUCCUGUCCAUUGUGGGCACCAUGGAGCUUGGUAGCAGCUUGGCCCAUGUGCAGAACCACAGUGCUUUCCUGGACCUGCUUUGUGACUUUGAGGUAUGGCAGAAGGCUCCAGAAAAUCUCGACUUGUUCGUUUUAAACCAUUUUGCUGACAUUCUGAAAUCUCCCAGCAGUGGCUCGCACAAUGCUCGGGUCAUGUGCUCCCUUGGCCUGGUGCCCAGGUUGCUGUUCCUGCUAUGCGGUCCCACUGUGACCUGCCACAAGGUCACCACCAUUGCAACAGUCAUGGAGCAUCUCCUGAAAGGCUACUUUAAUGCCCAGGACAUCUGCAGACUUGGUCUGUUCCUGGUUUAUACACUGUUGCCUUCAUCACUGAAUGAGAAUGUAAUUUUCUCUGGGAUGGACUUUGAUGUGACAUCUCAAGCCUUGAGCCAAACACCUGCAAGAACAAUCUGGAUCCGAAACCAGUUGCUUGAAAUGCUGUUGUCCCUAACCAGCUCCGACAGUUCUCUGUCUGCCAGGGACCAGGAGGAGAUGUUCUGUGCUCUAGGUCCGGACUGGUUCCUCCUCUUCCUGCACAGCCACCUGCACUCCAGUACGGUUCUGUCUGGCCUCAUGCUUCUGACACGCUUUUUACCCAAUCCCUUGCUUCUCAACAAGUUCCGUGAAGGUAUCUCCCCAGGAGCCGUUGUGAUCAAGAUGAAAGAGGAGCCAUCCAUUGUCAUAGAAAACCUUAGACCUCAGUCCUGGUCUCAUGAGUGUAUGAGUAGCGCCUGUCCAGGGUUUCAAGUGCUGCAGAAGCUUUUGGUUCACCAUGUGAAAUUCCCCCAGGUGUACGGUGUACUGGCACAUCUACUUCUGCAAAAGACUGACUUUGAAAGUCUCAGAGUGAAGGUGGACAUUGACAGUGUUCUGCAGGGAGCAAUUGACUCUGUCAGCAGCAUCCCUGGUCUGAUGCUAUGUGCUGAUGUGGCUGUCAUCCUGCUGGAGUUGAUCCGGGCAAUUAUUAGUAAGCCAUCAAUGGACACAAAGGACUCCUGGCAAACCCUCUACCCAGGCAGCAUCAUGCAGUUCUUCUGCUUGAUCCACAGUUUGUAUCCCCAAGACCCCCUGUGGGUAUCGACAGAUUUUCUACAUGCACUUGCAGGCACUAUCUUCCCAACAGAAGCCCCUGAGGACUUAACCCCACUUCUACCCCUGGACAGCCCUGAACUGGAGGCCCCAUUGUCACGUGCGACACACCCUGCCCGGAAGCAGGUAUGUGAUUUCAUCCGCAUCCUCCUGAUGGACAGCCUGAUCAACAUACCCGCCAGGACUGAGACGCACCCCUUUGUGCUGCUUCUGGAGUUCUCCCCUGAGAUGGCCUCCCAUGAACAGAAACAGAUCUUCCAGACAGAAGUGCUGGAGUUCCUGAUGGACAUCGUUCACAUGACCUGUCAGGAGGAAGGCCAGUGCACGCACGUGGCUAGAGAGGAUACCAGUGACCACAAAAGCAGGCCCAGCGGAAAGAUUGCCACUCUGAUUGAAAAUGUCGCCUUCUUCAGCAAGAAACUUGUGGAAAAGCUGUACACCGGAAUGUUUGUAGCGGAGCCAGAGAAAAUUCUGGUGUUCAUUGCGGAACAGAUAGUGGUGGUGAUGGAGAAAGCUCACGGUCAGCGGGAGAAUACAGUGAGUAUCUUGUACAACAGUGUUAACCGGGCCUUGCUGUACUUCCUGUCACGGCCGAGGCAGACACCAGCUGAGCAGCGAGUGAUGGUGAGGACCUUGCAGGUGCUAAAUCUGCACUGGGAUGUCAUACUGGCAACUUACAAUGCCAACAUCAAUUUCCUCACAUGCCUGCUGCACUGUCUGUUCCUCAUCAAGUCUGGCAGCUACACGGAUGGCUUUGGGUGCAAGACACACAAGAAGCACAAGAAGAUCUGGCAUUAUCUUUUCUCACACAAAAAUAAUCACCAAGGUCUGGUGUGUGAGGCCUCAGACUCGGAGGUGGAGUCUCAGAUGCAGGCACUGGCCGAGAGCACAUGGUGCCGUCUAAUGGCAGAGCGGAGGACAGCGCUGGAGGAGGCCUACAGGAUUGACAUCUCAACCAAGCCUGGUGGGAGAGAUGGGCCUGUGAACAUGGCUGACAUUAGUCCACUCUGGGAAGAGACAGGCGUUAAAGCAUGGCAGCUCUUCAUCGAGGCGCAGAAGAAAAAGCUGAAUCGUGCUCAGCAGAAGCCCAAUCCACUGAGAGCUGCAAUGCUCUCAGCACAAAGGAGGCUGGGCAAGGAUCCUUGCUGCUCGCCAGAGGAGUAUCUCAUGUGUAUGGAGGCUCAACGAACCACUGGCCAGGAGAUAUUUGAAAGCCUUCUGAAGAAUCAUACAGAGAUGUUGAGAUGUCAAGAUGCUUGUCUGGAGAGGCGAUGGAGGGCCUUGGAGGAGGAGCUGCUACGGGAAAGGGGUCUAUUUGGCCCUGGGCCAGGUGUGCUGGUCCAGUGGGGCUGGGUGCAGGAUGGGGCUGAAGGACCUGGCCGAAUGAGACCUAGAAUCCGAAGGCAGGCCCUGCGCCGUUCCAAAAAGUUCCCAGUGCCACAUUUGGGGCUGCACUUGAAAUGUAACCCAAUGGAAGAAAACAAAGGCAGAGCUGAGAGCUAUGAAAUGGACACAGAUCCUAGGAUUCUUUGUGAAGCAGGGAAGGAGGUGGAAGAAGAUGGCCUAGAUUGUGACCGUCUCACUUUCUUCCCCUUGCUAAAUGAGCACUCAUCCCCCAUUGAGGAACUCCCGGAGAGGUGCACAGAGAUGCACAUAAUCCUACAGGAGCUGGCUGAGGGUGAGGAGCUAAGAGGCAAGCUCAGCGUGGUGACUGUCAAUGGCCAUGUCAUCACAGAGGGGGUGCUGCUGUUUGGCAAAGCUCAUCUCUACAUCUGUGAGGACUAUACAUUGUCCCCUAGUGGAGAUGUAUGCUGUAAACAGCACCAUUCUACAAGUGUCAGGGAUUCCUUCAUUUGCAGCAUGUUUAACAAGGAAAAAUCUGCACCGAACCCCACCUGCAGAACCCUUCCUUAUGAAGAGAUUAAGGACGUGCAUUUCAUGCGCUUCCUGUUGGAGGACAAUGCUCUGGAAAUAUACAUGCGCAACGGACACUCUGUGUUCCUGGUGUUCCAAAACAAGGACCACAUGCUGGCUUUUAAGAGGCUGUGCUCAGUUGUGCCUUCUCUGAAGGGGAGAGGUGUCACAGAGGCCAUUGCCAAUUUCAGGAAGGUCUCUGGGGGUGAUAAGACGGCUCUUCAUAAAUGGCAGAAAGGAGAGAUGACUAAUUUUGAAUACCUUAUGCAUUUGAAUACCUUGGCUGGACGCACUUACAAUGACCUUAUGCAGUAUCCUGUGUUUCCCUGGAUUCUGGCAGACUAUGACUCUGAGACACUGGAUCUAACCUCACCAAGUACAUUCCGAGAUCUGUCCAAACCAAUGGGUGCCCAGACUGACAGGAGGAAAGAGAAGUUCAUCCAAAGAUACAAUGAAAUAGAGAACAAUGAUGGAGACCUGUCUGCACAGUGCCAUUACUGCACACACUACUCCUCUGCCAUCAUCGUGGCCUCCUUCCUGGUGCGCAUGGAGCCCUUCUCUCAGACAUUUCUGUGCCUGCAGGGCGGCUCUUUUGACGUGGCGGACCGAAUGUUUCACUGUGUGAAGAAGGACUGGGAGUCUGCUUCUAGAAACAAUAUGAGUGAUGUUAGAGAGCUCAUCCCAGAGUUCUACUACCUGCCUGACUUUCUGGUCAACUCCAACAGCUUUGAGCUAGGCUGCUUGCAGGAUGGAACCCCACUAGGGGAUGUGGUUCUCCCGCCGUGGGCAAAAGGUGACCCACAGGAGUUCAUCCGAAUGCACAGGGAGGCUCUGGAGUGUGACUAUGUGAGUGCCCACCUACACCUGUGGAUCGACCUGAUCUUCGGCUUCAAGCAGCAGGGCCCAGCCGCAGUGGAGGCCAUAAACACCUUCCACCCCUACUUCUAUGCUGAGAAGCUGGAUGUAGACAACCUAAAAGACCCACUGAAGAAGCACACCAUCCUAGGCUACGUUAGUAAUUUUGGACAGAUACCAAAGCAGCUUUUGUCCAAGCCUCAUCCACCCAGGACUGGACACAAGAGCUCUGUUGCGAAGGAGUUAUCAGCAGUUUGCCACUUGCCUCCAUUUUUCUUCAGGAUGGACAAACUGAAGCCCUCUAUUCACCCCUUGAAAGAGCUCACCCGAGGUCCAGUGGGGCAAAUUGUGUGCGGAGAGAAGGAAAUUCUGGUCGUGGAGAAAAACAGAGUCCUUAUGCCUCCUCAAUGGAGUACAGUGUUUUCAUGGGGUUUCCAUGAUAAUACCUGUGCCUUUGGCAGCUAUGGAACAGAAAAGCACAUGGCUAUCUGUGAGAACCUGGUGGAUUGGGGUGGGGCUUUGUGUGCAGCCUGCCCGAACCCAACUACCAUUGUUACGGCAGGCACCCGCACUGUGGUUUGUGUAUGGGAGGUGUCCAUCAGCAAGGACAGGCUGAAACACAUGAAAAUUAAGCAGGUGCUGUACGGACAUACGGAUGUCGUCACAUGCCUAGUGGCCUCUGAGGCCCAUAGCAUCAUUGUCAGUGGCUCACGGGACCGGACCUGCAUUCUGUGGGACUUGGAGGAUUUAAGCUACAUCACCCAGCUCCCAGGACACAAUGCAGCGCUGACAUCCCUGGCUAUCAACGAACUCACUGGGGAGAUAGCAUCCUGUGCAGGGGAACUGCUGUACCUGUGGACCAUGAAGGGUCAGCUGCUGUCUUGGAUCAACACAUCCUGCGGUCCAGAGGGAAACAUCCUGUGCUGUUGCUUCACACAGAGGCACGAAUGGGACUCCCGGAAUGUCAUUGUCACUGGCUGCGCAGAUGGCAUUGUCCGGAUAUGGAAGACUGAAUAUUCCAGAACACAAUUACCAGCAGAACAUGUCCAGCCGUCAUCCCAUGAGUCUGCUCUCGCAGCUCCAGAGGAAGCUGGUAAGGCUUGGGAGAGACACCUGGUCCUGUGUCAGGAGCUCAACCGCAGCCAGGCUGUCUCCCGCCGCCGUUACAGGAACAACCCAGCCGUCACAGCCCUGGCCGUGUCUAGGACCCACAGCACUCUGCUGGUGGGGGAUGCUUGGGGCAGGGUUUUCAGCUGGUUUUGUGAGGGGUAACCCCAGUUAAGUACCCAUACCGAAAAUAAAACACAGGAUGCACCAGAGAUCCCUUCCUCCAUAUGUUUUACCCUGUCAGGUCAGAUUAAAUACCUAGAGUAAUCAGUGGUGGGCACUACCACGUUUCAAAGGAUUAUUCAUUUUUUUCACUGUCCUGAGCUAUUUCCUGGGCCUACUCCAUGGAGAGAUGCCGCAGUUUCAUCCAGAGCCGUUCCGCUCACCUGCCCUACCGCCUGCUGGGACAUCUGUAACCCAGAGCAUGGAUUUAUUUAUCCAUGAGUCUUGUUGGACUUCAGAGCUGCAGAAUUGAGCAUAGAUUAUUGUUUUUGUCACAUGGCUUCUACCCUGGCUCUUCAAGCCUUGUGCUUGAGCAGCAGGUUUCUGCUCUUAUCCAAGGGACUGCUUCUCGUAUAGAAAUUGACUCCUGGAUUCUUUUAUUAUAGUGAACACAACCAAUUCAUCACUUCAUCACAUAAAGGAGGAUGACUUGUGUAUGUGCAGGCUUACGUGUGCAAGUCUUCUUUCUAAAAUUCACCUGAAAAACAAUGUUCAAUGUUUUGUAAAAAUGUUUGCAUGUGUUUGAUUUGAAUAUGUACAUUUUUUAAUUAUGGUUGAUUUUGUUGCUUCAUUGAAUGGAAAUAAAUCAGAUGG